AUGGAGUAUCACGCCGUGCCGCCCGAGGAGCGCGCAAGAGACGAGAACGGCAACUUGCUCCCUUGGGGCUAUGUCUACAAAGAUGAAUCCCGCAACCUUCGACGACCACCAGAGGAAUCCGGACCUUUUGGCAAGAGGAGAAACGCCCGAUAUGAACGGUCGCGCACACGAACUGGUACCCCAGCAAAGCGCGAGAACCCCAACGUGGCCGAAUUUGGCCGUCUGUUUGCCCAGCAGCAAGAUGAAGAGCGACCCGCCGGGCUUCCCAAGUCCUCAUCAUCAGGGAGCCUGGACGCAGGGCGCAAGCACACCGAGAAAGUGGCGACUGAAUGUAUUCUCUACGGAUACAAGGCCAAGGAUGGAGAAUGGAAGGUGAUUGACAAGUACGAGCGCAUCUCGCAAGGCUUUAUCUGCGAGGAUUACCCGCGCAGUGACCCCAACUAUCCGAACCAGUUUGGCCAGCUGAUGAGCGGCGGGGAUGUCGUCAUCCGGACAAAUUUAACCGCGGACGCGAAUCGCAAAUCCAAGCGCUACGCGGGCGGAUAUCACUGGAUCAAGGUCACCUUCGACUCUUCGCAAGCUGCCGAUCGGGCCUGUUUCUUCUCACCACAGGAGGUUGACGGACAUUUGGUCUUUUGCGAACUGUACGAGGGCCACGGCCCGGCGGAAGAUGUUGCCAUUCCCGCCGACUCGGUGAAUGCUGCGAAGAUGCGCAGCAAAAAUGCGCGCACGUUGACAUCCACACAUUCAUCCACGUUCUUGUCUAAUGCAGGCAGCAUGGAUGGACAACCUUCUUCCUUCACCUUGCCCCGGUCCUUCGGCAUGAACAACCUGUCCAGCGUGGCCGAGCCCGAAAAGGAGCUGUCUUUCGACUCAACCACCACUACAACGGCAACUUCAGGAACGGCAACCGCAACCACAACCGCAGUCUCAACGGGGAUCUCGUCUAGCUUCGGAAGCUCUUCAUCGUUACAACACCGCAGCGUGUCUGACGCUCAAUCAAAGCCGGACUCUGAUUACAUGACGCAUAUCCCUACCGUUCGCCGAACGAAGCUCCGCCCACUCACCGAGGCCCUUCCGCCGGGCCCCACGAUGACUGAGCGUGUUCUCCGAUCCAUCCCCAUCCUCAGUUGGUUUACAGGCGAUAUUGUCGGUGACGGACCGCAGUUGAAGGAGGAUGGAACCUUUGACCAUGAUAAGUCGGGUGUAUAUUGGCGGUUUUGGUGGAUGCUCGAUCAGCUCCUGGGAACGGAUAUGUGUGGAUUGAAGGAAGAUUCAUAG